CACGUGGUGGGUGGGACUGACCAGUGACGUCACUGGACUGGCUGACGUCACCGCUGGGGGUGGGUGGAAAUGGGUCUCAGGGAAGAAGGCCGAGUCUGAUCUUAUUGACUGGGGGAAUCUUGAGCCGGCUGAUAGCGGUGUUCAAAACUGCGCGACUUUAUGGACCAAAAGGGCGUCGCCAAAUAUGGGAAAGAUGAGUGCAAGCAGUUGCUCUGUCUCUCACCCCUACAUAUGUAAAAGACCAAAAGCUGUAGUCGAUAACUGUCCAGCAAGCUGGCAACAGGUCGACGAUUCUUGUUUCAAAUUCUUUGACUCUGAAAAAGAUUGGAAAUCUGCAAGUGGUUACUGUGGUUACUAUGGAGCAGACCUGGCAACGGUCGAUAGCGAGGCUCAGCAGCAGUAUAUGUACGACGUGUCGAAAUAUCAUGACAAGUCUAUCUGGCUGGGGUAUUCGUCAUCUAAUAACGGGAAUGGCACUGUCUGGAAGAAGAAUAACAUGACGGUAUUAUCUCCCAGCAAAGACCAGAUGUCCAGGACAGAGUUUUGGGCUGGCGGAGUGCGCCCAGAUCCUCCCACGAUGUCAGGAAACGACAUUUGUGUGGAGACGGUCCCUACUGCCGAGGAGUCAAGAAAAUCUUGGGUUGCCAACGAAUGUACAAAACGACGAUCGUUUAUGUGCAGUAAAAAGGAAGGUACUUGUGCCACUGGUUGGCAGUCUCAUAACGGCACGUGUUACCAGUUCAACGUUAACGUCAAACUGUCCUGGUAUGACGCCAAGGACUACUGCAAGAGCCAAGGAGGAGACAUGGUCACAGUGGAAAGGUAA